CGCCGAAGCUCCCGACGUGCUUCCAACAAAAGCCAGUACUUUGAGGCCAGCGAGACAGAAGAGAGCGAUCCACCCCCGAAGAAGAGACGCGGAAGACCUCCCAAGAAGCAGGCCAAGAGGGAACCAUCAGAGGACGUCUAUGAAGAGGAGCCUGUACAGGAGCCUGAAGAGGAGAAUGACGAUGACGAUGACGACGACGAAGAUGACGAAGAUGCUCCCCCAAAAGUCACCAUUAUCCCGCUCGAGAAGUUGAGGGAUACGGAUGGAGUGGACUAUGAGGAUUUCAAGGUACACAAGAACACACUGCUAUUCUUGCGAGACUUGAAGGCAAACAACAAAAGGCCGUGGUUAAAAUCGCAUGACGGAGAGUACAGACGAGCACUGAAGGACUGGAACUCCUUUGUCGAGCGCACAUCAGAAUCCAUCAUUGAUGCUGAUGAGACUAUCCCCGAACUCCCGGUUAAGGACCUCACGUUUCGCAUCCACAGGGAUAUCCGCUUCAGCAAGGAUCCAACACCCUACAAGCCUCACUUCUCCGCCGCAUGGUCUCGCACAGGCCGCAAGGGUCCAUACGCCUGCUACUACAUCCACUGCGAGCCGAAAAAGUCCUUCAUCGGUGGCGGCCUGUGGUGUCCUGACGCUGGACAGAUGCAGAAGCUCCGCGCCAGCAUCGACGAGCGGCCGAAUCGAUGGCGUCGGGUUCUCAACGAUCAAGAUUUGAAGCGGGUUUUCCUACCCAAGGCUGCGUCAAAGAGUGACCCAGAGUCUGCAUUGCUGGCGUUUGCCGAAAAGAACAAGUCGAAUGCGCUCAAGACCAAGCCAAAAGGCUUUGUCGCCGAGCAUCGUGAUAUCGAACUGUUGAAGUUGAGAAACUUUACUAUUGGGACUCAGAUUGAUGAUGACAUCUUCUAUGCCGACGAUGCACAGGAGAAGAUUAGUGACAUUAUUCGUCCAAUGGUUGGAUAUAUUACCUUUUUGAAUAGCAUCGUCAUGCCGGAUCCAGGUGCCGACGAUGAUAGCGACGACGAU